AUGAGCCACCAGCUUCUCGACUGCAAUCCAGCAGCCCUCCUCCUCCUCCGCUACCCCUCCAAAGCGGCCCUUCGGCACGCCGUUUCCCUGGGCUGCGCGUCCCCCCCUCUCUCCCCCGAAUUCCUGCCGGAUGGGGAGAGGUCUGAGGAGAAAGCAGCGAGGGUGGGGCGGGAGGUGGCGGAGCGAGGGGAGGUGGUGGUGCCUUGGACUUACAGGAAGCGAGAUGGGGAGCUCCUUCCCCUCCGGAUUCACUAUCAGCUCAUGCGUGUGGGAGCAGACAGCGUGUUUGUGGGCACGUGGCACGACCUGACAGAGACGCUGCGGCAGGAGGAGCAACUGCGGAAGGCCAAGGAAGUGGCAGAGGCUGCGAGCGAAGCCAAGAGCAUCUUCCUGGCGAACAUGAGCCACGAGAUCCGCACCCCCAUGAAUGGCGUGGUGGGGGUGGCGGAGCUUCUUCUCGAUACCCCACUCACCGCGGAACAACGUUCCUAUCUGGACAUCAUCCGCACGUCAGGAGACAACCUGCUGCGAAUCAUCUCAGACGUGCUCGACCUCUCCAAGAUCGAGAGCCAGUCGCUGCCUCUGGAGGACGUGCCCUUCUGCAUUGAAACUUGCGUCAGGGAAGCCACUGCUCUGCUCUCCGUUGCUGCAGCCGACAAGGGCUUGCAGCUGGACAGCCAUAUCGACUCAGACGUGCCUUGCUUCAUUCGAGGAGAUCCAGGGAGGCUGCGGCAAAUUAUUCUGAACCUCGUGUCCAACGCGAUCAAGUUCACACAGACGUGA